AUGGCUCCCCCAGCAGCUGCCCUCGACUUUGUCGACUUUGUCAACGCCUCUCCUACUCCCUACCACGCCUGCGCGACCGCCGCCGCCCGCCUCGAGAAGGCCGGCUUCACAAAGAUCAAGGAGCGCGAUUCCUGGAACUCGGCGCUGCACCCCGGCGGGAAGUACUACCUCACCCGUAAUGGCUCGUCCAUCGUCGCCUUCGCCAUCGGCAGGAAGUGGAAGCCCGGUAACCCGGUCGCCAUGAUCGGCGCCCACACCGACUCCCCGACCCUGCGCAUCAAGCCCGUGUCCAAGAAGAACAACGUCGGCUUCCUGCAGGUCGGCGUCGAGACUUACGGCGGCGGCAUCUGGCACAGCUGGUUCGACCGCGACCUCAGCAUUGCCGGCCGCGUGCUCGUCAAGGACGCCGACGGCAACUUUGUCCAGAAGCUGAUCAAGGUCGACAAGCCGCUGCUGCGCAUCCCGACCCUGGCCAUCCACCUCGACCGGAGCUCCACGUUCGACCCCAACAAGGAGAACGAGCUGUUCCCCAUCGCAGGUCUGGCCACAGCCGAGCUGAACAAGGGCGCCGCAGCCCAGCCCGAGGGCGACGAGGCCGAGGAGGACUUCAAGCCGCUCAAGGCCAUGACGGAGCGCCACCACCCUCACAUCCUCAACGUCAUCGCGUCCCACGCCGAGGUUGAGCCCGAGGCCGUUAUCGACUUUGAGCUGGUACUGUACGACGUGCAAAAGUCGUGCCUGGGCGGCCUCAACGACGAGUUCAUCUUCUCGGCCCGCCUCGACAACCUCAACAUGACGUACUGUUCCAUCGAGGGCCUCAUUGCCUCGGUGCGCGAGCCCGACGUCCUGGACAACGAGACCACGAUCCGUCUCGUCACCUGCUUCGACCACGAGGAGAUCGGCUCCACGUCGGCCCACGGCGCCAACUCGAACCUCCUCCCCGCCGUCCUCCGUCGCCUCGCCUCGCUGCCGGGCAGCCGCGACACGGCGUCAGACGGGUCGUACGUGGCCGUGUCCCACGACGGCGACUACGAGUCGACGGCCUACGAGCAGACGCUCUCGCGCUCCUUCCUCGUGUCCGCCGACAUGGCGCACUCGGUGCACCCCAACUACGCCGGCAAGUACGAGUCGAGCCACCAGCCGGCCAUGAACGGCGGCACCGUCAUCAAGGUCAACGCGAACCAGCGCUACGCGACCAACUCGCCGGGCAUCGUGCUGCUGCAGGAGUGCGCGCGCCUCGCGGGCGUGCCGCUGCAGCUGUUCGUCGUGCGCAACGACUCGCCCUGCGGCAGCACCAUCGGCCCCAUGCUCAGCGCCAAGCUUGGCGUGCGGACGCUGGACCUGGGCAACCCCCAGCUGAGCAUGCACUCGAUCCGCGAGACGGGCGGCAGCGCGGACGUCGAGCACGCGAUUAAGCUGUUUGAGAGCUUUUACGAACGGUUUGGCGAGUUGGAGGAGAAGAUCCUGGUGGAUUAG